CCUGCGCGUGUUUCAGGUCAAGCACGUUGGAUCAUUCGCUACUUACCAGAAAAAAGGGUUUAUAAUUACAGCCGUUUAAAACUCUUUCAAGUGGACUCAAAACGACUUGACGAAUUUGGACACGCCACGGUUGUAGCCAAAUACAAUGCGACGCGCAGACAUAAAGGAGGAACCUGCCACAUAUGAACGACUUGUGUUCAAAAACGCAUCAGUUUACCACUAUAUGAGGAUCUCCCUAGAGUUGGAGAAUGAGAGUACCAGUCUCACUGCAGCCCAACUGAAGCAGUUGAUUGUCUGUGGCCUCAGAGACCUGUAUGGAGAGGUUGGAGGGGCCUUCCCUUUUGAUCUGCUGAAGUUUGAAGAACACACUCUGACGGGCCUUCUCCGUGUCUACAGCAGUGGCCUCGUGAAGCUGUGGAGUGCCCUGACACUGUUGGGAUCCUAUCAGGAUGAACUGUGUGCUGUCAGAAUUAACCAGGUGUCCCCGUUUCUGUUAGCGCUGUCGGGGAAUAGUCGUGAGCUGGAGCUGGACUGACGCAGAACCGUUGGUUCAGUAUUGAAGCAGUGGUCCACAGCGCUGUGUAGAAC